AUAUACAUAGUGGGUACAUACAAGGUGCCCAUGACUCAGUCCCCGAUUGCUUGUGGGCACAGUUAGUGUGACAGUCAAUCGCUGGAAAUGGCGCUACGUUGGGGAAUAGUCGGUGCCGGCAAAAUAAGUCAUGAUUUCGCAAACGCAAUAGGAACUUUAUCUGACGAUGAGCAUGUGAUUGUUGCAGUGGCAGCCAGGGAUCUUACUCGAGCCCAGGAUUUCGCUCAGUUGCACGAAAUUCCGAAAUCUUAUGAUUCAUACGAGGAUUUAGCCAAAGAUGCCGAUGUGGAAAUUGUUUACAUUGGGGCCAUCCAUCCUCACCACUUGGAGCUUGGGAUGCUUAUGCUUAGCAAUAGGAAGCAUGUCCUGGUUGAAACGCCGCUUUGUAUGAAUGAAAAACAGGCGAGAAAACUGAUAAAAUAUGCAGAACAAAAGAAAUUAUUUCUCAUGGAGGCUGUAUGGUCCCGAUUCCUUCCAUGUUACCAAUACCUUCGGAAAAAGAUUGAGAAUGGAAUGCUGGGGGACCUGGAGGAAGUUCAAAUUUCAUUCGGUUUCGAUUUACAAACCGUUGAUAGAAUAACUAAAAAAUCCUUAGGAGGUGGAGCACUUCUCGAUUUAGGUAUCUACGCAAUUCAAUUCAGUCAAUGGGUUUUUCGUGAACCUCCAAAAACGAUUACCGCAACUGGUGAGUUGAACGAAGACGGCUGUGAUAUGGCCGUCAAAGCAGAUCUGAUUUACUCAAGUGGCGCUAAGACACUUAUAUCGAUAAGCGUUAAAGACGUUUUAGAUAAUACAGCAAUUGUGAAAGGUACAAAAGGUCAAAUCACUAUUAAAAACUUUUGGUGUGCUGAGACCCUCAUCGAUAUCGACGGCACAGAGAAAACUUGGUUACUGCCACAAGCAAAACAUCAAAGCAACUACCCUAAUUCAGUGGGCUUUCGGUACGAGGCAAAUGAAGUACGAAAAUGCAUAAAAGAUAGACGGAUUCAGAGUGAUUUGAUGAAUCAUAACGAAAGUUUAUUAAUAGCUAACAUCGAGGAUGAAAUUCGAAAGCAAAUUGGUGUAGUUUACGAGGAGGAUAAAUGAAAUUGGGAAGUGUCGGUAAAAUACUUAAUAUUUGUUUUCAUAUAGAACCUAAUACGCUUCCAAAGGAAGAUCUAGUGCAUUUGCUAAAGAGUAAGCUUUAACCAAGAUAUAUUGAAUUCGAAUAAAUAUUAUUUUAAAUUUUA